AUGAUCGGCUCUUUGAGUACAUUAGAGAAGCGCUACUCAUUUGACAGCAAAAUAUCGGGCCUUUUAUUAAUCGCGGAUAAUGUGAGUCAAGUCAUAAUCAGUCCAUUGAUUGGCUAUUUAGGCAACAAAUACAACAGACCCCGCAUUAUGGCUAUCGGAGAGUUAGUGGCGGCCUUCAGUUGCUUCGUCUUCGCGGCGCCGUAUUUCAUAUUCGGUGCGUCUCUUCAGCCGAUGACUGAUAUCAUAACUAACGCCAACUCCACUCACGAGUUGUGCCAUUCGUCUCCAUUAGGCCAACCCUGCAAUCAAAGCACAGUUUGGUCGGCGGUUACAAUCCUAUGGAUCGCCAGCUUUUUAAACGGUAUUGGUUGUACGGCUUUCUAUACGAUAGGCAUACCGUAUAUCGACGACAACACCAGUAAGAAAAAUUCGCCCAUAUUUUUGAGUACAAGCGCUGCGCUCAGACUGUUUGGUCCGGCACUCGGGUUACUCCUCUCAUCAUAUACUCUCAAAUUUUAUGAAAACCCUCAGAGUUAUUAUGUAUUUAAACCCAAAUAUAUUGAAUCCCAAUUCCGGAAGUCUGCCUCAGACGCCAACUUCUGGGCCGGUGUUAUAAUCAUUCCGACGAUGGCUUUCGCAUUUAUACCCUUUCCGCUAAUAUUUGGUGCCAUAACUGACAGCACGUGUAAGAUAUGGAAACACACGUGCGGUAAAGUAGGCAACUGUUGGCUCUACGAUAUCGAGAAACUCACUGAUUAUCUGCAUUACUCGGCCUUUGGUUUCAUGUUUUUGGGCGCCGUUUGCCGAUUCUUUAUCGUCUUAUACGCCGAUCGCAUAUCAAAUAUGUUUGAAGACGAGGACGAAGACAAUGAAGACCAGACCGCUGUCGCUCUCAUUGAAGACCAAAACAAUUUUGAGGAUAUUUUCUUCAAACAAAAAUAG